AUGCCUCAAGCAAACUCUUCAAUACGGUACUAUGCCGAGUAUGAGCAUACUCUUCGAAAAGCCCAUGAACGAUCCAAAUCAUCCCCACCAUCUUCGGCUUCUUCUUCUCGAACCUCUUCGGCAGUCUCCCUCCAGCCGACCUCAUCUGUGGCGGAAUGGUGCCAUCAGAUGCAUAUGAUACAAAGUCGGAAAUACGAAUGGUGUCAAGGAUGCCAUCCCAAGCCUCCGACCUUGAAUGUACCUUCAGAGAAGAUUCUGCGACAGCAGAGAAUUAAUCACGAACCGGGUCAUGCCUACGAAUGA